GAAUACGUAUCUAUCUAUCGAUCAAACAUACGUUUGUUGUCAAGGAGACAUAGAGAUGUAAGUGCAGCGAUUUCAUGUAAUUAUAACAGUUUUACCUUAAAUCCAAUGUUUCUACUAAAAUAUGACAGAUCAUACGGAAAGUAUAGUAUCACCAUGGGAAAUCGAAGCUUUUGUGCAAAGUUUAGACGUUUCAAUCCUGGAAAAUGUCGGUACAAAAAGCUGGUUGGAAUUCCAUAAAAGACUAACAUUGUUAAACCAGCAAAGUGUACUCGAAAUAACAGGAUUGCGCGAAGAGAGUGUUAUAGAAUGCUUUAUCUCGUUAAAAAAAAUUGCUGUUCUUAUACACGAAGUUAUACAAAUCGAUAUAUGGAAGCACAAAGUAUUUCCACUUUUAAUUGAUCUUAAUGGCGAACCUUCAAACACAUUCAUGCUGUUUAGCGUACUUUAUCACGAAGUCGUCGCAGCUUCAUUAUUGGAGAAUAUAUUGUUUCAUUAUGAAAGCGUACAAAUGUUGGACGAUACAGUAAUUGAUCUCAUUGAUUAUUCCGUUCAACGUGUUACCAUGCUUCUUGAUGAAAAAUCCUUAGAGAUCUACGAAAGUCUUCAAGUCAAAACUCCGAAUUCAUGCUUAGAAGAAAUAUUAGAAAAACUGAAGACAUUUGAGUUCGACAUUGGGAUGCGAUGUAUCUCGAUCCUUCAUUAUCUAAUAGAAUUUCUGGACAAUUUACCGCUUUACGUUGUUUCGCGUAUGUUGGUCAUUCACGAUAUUCCUUACUUGUUCACGCAAUUAAUUGAAAAUCAACCAUGGAAGAAACAAAAUGAGAACGGUGAGAUGUUAAUUUAUGACGCUAGCUGGAAAAAAAUCCAAGUGGAUGAAACAAAAAAAGUUUUUAAGAGAGAAGGACAAGUAUGGUUUACUUUAAGAGAAUUACUUCUCAAUCCUAAAUGUUCUUCAUACUAUAAAAUUACGGAGCACAGGUUGUCUCAAUUAACAAAAUUACAGAGAUAUCUACACGAAGAUCUAUUAGAUCAAAUAGCUCCUUUAGUAGAACUCAAGAGAUGGUUAUCCUACUUGAAUAUACCAUCCACGAUGCCGUCGCCGAACGCAGCUAAGCCUGUCUUUGUGGAAGUUAUACCACAGGUCAAAUUAUCAGUUCUAAAAAAAUAUCAUAAAAAAUGGAAUAAGUUAGCAAGACAUCAGUCCAAAUAUCUAUUUACAACGGAUACGAAUUACAUAAAAGACGCUGCGCAAAUUUUAAGCGAUGUCUACGACUUGGAAAAAUUAGAUCGUAUAAAAACAAAAAAAUGUUUCUUGUGCCAAGAAUUGUCUAAGAAGCGAUGUUCGAAGUGUAAGGAAGCCUGGUAUUGCAGCAGACAAUGUCAAGUAAAAGAUUGGGACAAUCAUAAGGAUAUUUGCAAUACAAUAACAAAAACUAAAGAAAGAAAGAUAACGAAUAUAUAAGAAUAAGAAAGAUAAAGAAUAAUAACAUGCAAAUCUCUAACUCGCACACAGAACAUAUACGAGAGUCGUUCAGAAAGAACAUUUCGCCAUACAAAGAUAUUUAUUGAUAAUACUACAGAAACAGAAUAUACAAGUUUUGCCAUAUAUCUUUAUCUACUUCUUCAUAUAGUCGCCAAAGACAUUGAAACACUUGUACUUCAACACCAAUUUAAGUAUUUUCUCCUCAUACUAUAUGGCCACUUGGAGAUUCAACCAGUCCAUAAUAGCAUCCUGUAGAUCAUUAUGCGCAAAACAUUUGUCAAUAAGGUGCCCUUGAAAGGAAAAAUUACUUUAAAUUUUCAAAUUACUCAUAGUUAACUGUAAAUAAUUUAUAGUUAACUAUAAGUAACUUUAGGUAACUAUAAGUAACUUUAAAUUAAUUGGAACAUCUUAAGUAAUUUUUCCUAAGGGUGCUCCUCCUUCAUCUUCAAAAAAAGGUAAUAGUCCAACAGUGUCAGGUCCGAACUGUAGGGAAGAUGUUCAAAGGUUUCCCAAUAAAACUCAUCCUGCAGCAAGGUCUAUGUCUGCUUGGCGAUAUAUGGACGUUGUCAUGGGUCAAUCCGGACCUGGCACCGUCAGAUUAUUACCCCUUUCCGAAGAUGAAAGCAUCUUGCUGUGGUAAACACUUUGUACAUGAUGAUGGCCUGUAAGAUGCUGUUAUAAACUAGUUGAAUCGCCAGGCAGCCAUAUGAUAUAAGGAAAACUUAAAUUGGUGUCAGAGUAAAAGUGCCUCAAUGUCCUUGGCAAUUAUAUGGAGAAGUAGGUGAAAAUAUAUAGCAAGACAUAUAUCUUCUGUUUCUGUAGUAUCAAUAAAUACCUUUGUAUGGUAAAACAUUCUUUACUUUCCAAAUAACUCUUGUAUAUUUAUCUUAUAAUAGUAUAUAUAUGAUAUAUUUAACAUCAUUC